AUGCGAGGCAGGGGGACGGGGGUCUUCCGGAAGGUGCAUCUCUUUCAAAAUUAUAAAAUCGCCCGUGACAACCACCCCAAGCUGCAGCAGCUCUGGCUCAAGGCGCACUACGUGGAGGCCGAGAAGCUGCGCGGGCGGCCGCUGGGCGCCGUGGGCAAGUACCGCGUGCGGCGGAAGUUCCCGCUGCCGCGCACCAUCUGGGACGGCGAGGAGACCAGCUACUGCUUCAAGGAGAAGUCCCGCGGCGUCCUGCGCGAGUGGUACGCGCACAACCCCUACCCCUCGCCGCGGGAGAAGCGCGAGCUGGCCGAGGCCACGGGCCUCACCACCACGCAGGUCAGCAACUGGUUCAAGAACCGGCGGCAGCGCGACCGAGCGGCCGAGGCGAAGGAGAGGGAGAACACGGAGAACAACAGCGCUUCCACCAACCAGCAGAACCAGCUGUCUCCCCUGGACGGGGCCAAGCCGCUCCUGUCGAGCUCGGAGGAGGAGUUCUCGCCCCCGCAGAGUCCGGAACAGAACAUUCUCCUGCUCCAGGGCAACCUGAGCCACGCCAGGAACUCCAGCUAUUCCUUGACCGGUUUAACAGCCUCCCAAACGACCCACGGCCUCCAGGCCCACCAGCACCAGCUGCAGGAUUCCCUCCUCGGACCCCUCACCUCCAGCCUGGUGGACUUGGGUUCAUAAUCCCGAGCGAGGCGACGGGACGGGACGGGACGCCUGCCGUGCGUGCGGCGGUCCUUCCUCCCGGAGGAUAAGGGGACGCGAGCAAGACAGGUCUUUGUUCUUCUUCACUUCGUUUGCCCAGACCUCACCCGGCGAGUCUGAACAGUGACUUUAAACCGAUCUUUUUUGAGGCAACCCUUCUCUUUCUCACUCCCACCCUGCCUGGCAAAAGCUCCUUCCCGACUCUUCUGAUCCAGCGCUCCUCUCGAAAUGUCUUAGCCCCAGCCCGAGAUAACACCCGUCCACACACAUACACGUGUACACCUUUCUGCCUCCUCUGCAUCUGUGCUUCUUCCGAUGUACUUAUCCAGCUGGAAUAAAAUGAA